GUUAAGUGAAGGGGGCGCUGCUGGUGAAAUUGGCGGGAAAUGAUGACGCGUGAGGCGCGUACGGGCAACGCCUAGUUAGUUGGAAGGACACGGUGGAAGUGUCAAUGUCGUUGUUGGAUCUAAUUUACUAAUAAAUUAGUUUUUGGGUGAAUUCCGAGUUUCAUUUACAGAGCAGCGGUAGGAUAUUGCUCAAAUAAUCGUUUCCGAUAGAGAGUGGUGAAUUGUGGUGAUUUUGUGAGGAAUUUGUGGGUCGCCAAGGCAAGGGCCAAAAAUUGAAGUUUUGGGAAUCUGUACCGUUUCAUUCGUAACAAAAUUGUGGUUUACGACUUGAAAUCGAACAAAUCAAUCGGGUGCUAGCCGAAUUUAUCUGGUUUUUCUGAUUUCUGACGAGUUCUAGGAGUUACGCAACCACACGCUGUCAAUUUUCAUUUGGGUGUGGCUCAAAAGGCGCGAAAAGUUUUCUGGUGAGAUUUUCGCAAUGGGGCGUCACAGGUAUCGAGGAAAUGUGGACUCGGACGACUCGGACUCAAGUGACGAUGAGCCACGGCCGAAAAGGUCUGCGCCUGGGGUCUCCACUACAGUAAAUUCACCCCCAGUUUCGGCCGAAUCCGCUAGAAUCGCGAGACUUGAGCAACUCGUGGAAAACUUGAAUCGACGUUUGCUAAACCGCAAUUUUGAGCACACAUCAGGACAAGUUGGCAUUAAAAGUGACCUGAUUCCUGAAUUCGCUCCAGGAAACCCCAAUUUUAGUACCACUAAGUGGUUGCAUAAAAUUGACCAGUUGGCUCUCGUGAACGGUUGGGACGAACGUACAACGAUUUACGGCAUGAUAAGUCAACUCAAGGGGUUGGCCAAGGAGUGGUACGACAAUCUCGAUCCCUCAGCAUACGACCGGAGCUGGGAUGAAUGGAAACGUUUGUUACAAACCACCUUCCCCGAUCACCACGAUUAUGCUUCCACACUUCGUAAGCUAGUGAAUAGGGUGAAGGAAGAUGGUGAAACCUGGGCACAAUAUUAUUUUGGGAAAUUAAAUCUGUUGCAGGCUUGUGACAUAACAGGAACGAAUGCAGUUUCCUGUCUUAUUGAUGGAAUCACUGAUGUGACUCUCAGAAAUGGGGCUAGAGCAGGGCGUUACGUUACACCCGAAAGCUUGUACGCUGAGUAUUUGUCGACUCUGAGAUCCGAAGGUGACAAGCGGGAUACGCUCGCAAAGCAGGCGCCUCGGGAAAGGAGGAGGUUCCUUCCAAGUCGAGUCGAAACACAAAAACUGUAUUCGUCAGUUCGGUGUUACAAUUGUCGUAAUCGAGGACAUGUUGCGACAAAGUGCCCGAAACCAAGAAUUGAGUGCAAGAAAUGUGGUCGCAUUGGACAUGUGGAUGCUGAGUGCCGACGUGGUAACUUAGUAAAAGAAAACAUGUCUAAGCAGGCACUAACGACAAGUGUAGCUGACGCAAGUAAUAAUAAGAAUUAUUACAUAGACAUUAAGGUCAAUGGUAAGCCGACGCGAGCUUACAUUGACUCAGGAGCUGAACCGGUCCUUGUCAAGCAAAGUGUUGCUAGAGAAUUGGGACUGAUGUGGCAGCCAAGUUUACAUUUGAUUCGUGGUUAUGGCCAGGGAAUCACCAAAGUGCAUGGGGAAGUCGAAGUAGAGCUAGAAGUGGAUCUUGUCAAGGCAAACGUAAAAGCUUUGAUCGUCGAAGACAGUGCACAACGUGUGCCUGUCAUAGUGGGACAGACCUUCCUGAAUGCGGGUGCUAAUACGAUUAUAGCAAAUGAGGAAGCUGUGAGAGUAGUUGACGGAAACAACGAAUCGAUCCAAGCAUUUCUAGGCCAACUUCCGACACGAAAAGUUGCACUUUGGGCGGAAGAGGAAACAGUGAUCCCUCCUCAAUCCAUUGGUUGCAUACGAAUCAAGGCAAAAGACGAUGGGUGGAAAGGAGCUUAUUACGUUGAAGGGUGUCAACGUCCGAGACCAGGGUUCGAACACGUUGUUCAUCGGUGUGUCACAUGUGAUGGAGGCCUAGUGACCGUUCGCAAUCUAUCGCACCAAGAUCUGGUCUAUCGAAAGGCGCAAAUCGUUGCGAGAGCUGAGCCUUGCGAGCAGGAAAGGACAGUUACGACGGUGAGUGUGUUUUCUGUGGGGAAGGUUGAGGUAAAGAGUUUUCAACGGUGGGAACUUCUUACACAAGUCAAUAAGAAUCUAGACCCGGCUCAGUUCGAGCAAUUGUUACAACUCGUUAACGAAUUUCGAGAUUGUUUUGCACGAAAUGUAGCGGAAAUAGGUGCCACAACUGCGGCAGAAAUGAAGAUAACUUUGACUGAUGAUAAACCUGUAGUUUAUCGUCCUUAUCGGUUAUCGCAUCAUGAAAGAAGAAUUGUUCGAGAUAUAGUAAAUGACUUGUUAGGUAGCGGAGUCAUACGAGAAUCAGACUCGCCAUAUUCGAGUCCCAUACUGUUGGUGCGGAAGAAAGAUGGGCAACACCGUAUGUGUGUUGACUAUCGGCAAUUAAAUUCGAAAACAAUCAAAGAUCGCUUUCCGUUACCACGAUUUUUCACCACACUAGAUCUCGCGAGUGGGUACUAUCAGAUCCCAAUGGCCACCGAAUCGAUUCCAAAGACAGCAUUUGUUACGCCUGAUGGGCAUUACGAGUUUGUCCGCAUGCCUUUUGGUCUAGCCAACGCUCCGGCAGUGUUUCAGCGAGCUAUGAAUAAGGUGUUGGGUCCACUACGGUUUCAGACCGCUUUUUGUUACAUAGAUGAUCUUCUGAUACCUUCCAAAGACUUUGAAACAGGUCUUAACAAUUUACGAACGGUGUUUCAAUUGCUUCGACAAUUUGGAUUGACUCUAAAGCUGAGUAAAUGUUGCUUCUUUGGAAGUCAAAUAGAGUAUUUAGGGCAUGAGAUCAGUGCGGAAGGCAUUAAGCCAGGCGAGACAAAAAUCAAAGCGGUGACAGCUUUUCCCAAACCAACAGACGUACACAAACUUAGGCAAUUCUUAGGUUUGUGUGGGUACUUUCGAAAGUACGUGAAAGAUUACGCAACAAUAGCAAACAGUUUGACGAGUCUCCUAAAGAAAGGCAGUGCAUUUGUUUGGGAAGAAGCACAAGAGCGGGCUUUUCAGACUUUAAAAGACAUCUUGACGAGCAGACCAGUUCUUGCAAUUUACGACGCGGAAGCUGAAACGGAGUUACACACUGACGCUUCUAAAGUUGGAAUUGGUGGCAUUCUGUUGCAACGACAAGGUGAUGGAUCUUUGCGUCCAGUUAUGUUUUUCAGCCGACAGACGACCAAAGAGGAACAAAGGUACCACUCGUACGAGCUAGAAACGCUAGCGGUGGUCUGUUCUCUCAAACAUUAUCGAGUAUACUUGUUGGGGCUUCAAUUCAAGGUGAUCACAGUCUGUAAUGCUUUACGAACAACCCUUACCAAGAGAGAUUUGAUUCCACGAAUUGGGUGAUGGUGGUUGUUGACU